UAUCCAUUUUUCUCAGCUUUUCAUCCCACUCAAGGACAAAAGAUUUUGCGUGCUCAUGAAUCGCUGAUCAAAUUUGCAUGUUUUCUUCCAUUCAAUCGUUCAUGGUGCACAAGAGCUCACUUUCUCAUGGCUUCACUGCUAGUAGCACCGGGACGGCGGAGGAAGCAACCCCGCCCCGGGCUCGCGAUGGCGCUCCACCAGCGGGACGACGGCGGCGGCGGAAGCAGCGACGGCAGGGGGAAAGCCGCGCUCUGCGACGACGGCGCGGAGCCGGGGGCGCCCGCGCACGCGGCCGGCCGCGUGCCGCCGUGGACGGAGCAGCUGACGCUGCGCGGGCUGGUGGUGAGCGUGGCCGUCGGCACCAUGUACAGCGUCAUCGUGAUGAAGCUCAACCUCACCACGGGCCUCAACCCCACCCUCAACGUCUCCGCCGCGCUCAUCUCCUUCGUCAUGCUCCGGGGCUGGACGCAGGCGCUGGCCCGCCUGGGCCGCGCCGUCCGCCCGCUCACCCGCCAGGAGAACACCGUCGUGCAGACCUGCGCCGUCGCCUGCUACAGCAUCGGCGCCGCCGGCGGGUUCGGGUCCUACCUGCUCGGGCUCAACAAGAAGACCUACGAGAUGGCCGGGGUGGACAUGGAAGGCAACGUGGGCACCAAGGAGCCCGGCGUUGGGUGGAUGAUGGGCUUCCUCUUCGCCGUCGCCUUCGUCGGGAUUCUCGCGCUUGUCCCUCUCAGGAAGAUUUUGGUGAUCGACUACAAAUUAACUUACCCAAGCGGAACAGCAACUGCCGUGCUUAUAAAUGGAUUUCAUGCGCCUAAGGGAGAUGAUGUGGCAAAGAUGCAAGUGAAUGGGUUCACAAAAUACUUUGCAAUUAGCUUCUUCUGGAGCUUCUUCCAGUGGUUUUAUUCUGGUGGAGAUCAUUGUGGCUUUUCGCAAUUCCCCACUCUUGGACUACGAGCUUGGAAACAUUCGUUCUUCUUUGAUUUCAAUCUCACAUAUGUUGGGGCAGGGAUGAUUUGCCCCCACCUUGUGAAUAUCUCUCUCCUUCUUGGCUCUAUUCUCUCCUGGGGCGUAAUGUGGCCACUGAUUGCUGAUUUGAAAGGGAACUGGUAUCCGGCAGAUUUACCAGAAAGCAGCAUGAGAAGUCUGCAAGGUUACAAGGCCUUCAUUUGCAUAGCUCUCAUCCUAGGAGACGGCAUAUACAAUUUUACAAAGAUUAUUCUUAAGACCGUCGCGAGUAUGCUUGACAAAUCAAAACAGAAAAGCACAAAGAACGGGGAAGAUACUCUGUCACUCGUUGAACAACAUCGCAAUGAAGUGUUUGUAAGAGACAGUCUCCCUAACUGGCUAGCCUUUGUGGGUUACUUUGCAUUAUCAGUCGUUGCUGUAAUCACUAUUCCCAGGAUGUUCCCUGAGUUGAAGUGGUACUACGCUGUUGUAGCAUACUUAUUGGCUCCUGCCCUGGGUUUCUCCAAUGCCUAUGGAUCCGGUCUUACCGACAUCAACAUGGCCUUCAACUAUGGAAAAGUUGCCCUCCUCAUUCUUGCGGCCGCAGCUGGGAAAGAACAUGGCGUGGUUGCUGGGAUGGUAGGCUGUGGCAUGGUGAAAUGCAUGACGUCGAUAUCUGCUGAUCUGAUGCAGGACUUCAAAACUGGGCAUCUUACAUUAACAUCACCUAGAUCAAUGCUUAUCGCUCAGAUCAUCGGCACCGCCAUGGGCUGUGUCAUCUCACCGCUGACAUUCUAUGUGUUCUACAAUGCCUUUGACAUAGGCAACCAGGACAGCCCCUGGAAGGCGCCGUAUGCUCUGAUAUACCGAAACAUCGCGAUUCUUGGUGUGGAGGGCUUCUCUGCUCUGCCCAUGCAUUGCUUGCAGCUCUGCUGUGGGUUCUUUGCCUUUGCACUGGUGGCCAACCUGAUGAGGGAUUUCCUUCCACAGAAGUAUGGCAAAUGGGUCCCCUUGCCCAUGGCAAUGGGGUUCCCCUUCCUUGUCGGCGCGAGCUUCGCCAUCGACAUGUGCGCCGGGAGCUUGAUAGUCUACAUCUGGCACAAGAUUGACAGGAGCAAAGCAGCACAUAUGGUGCCAGCAGUUGCAUCCGGUUUUAUAUGUGGGGAUGGACUUUGGAUCUUCCCAGCUUCCUUGCUUGCAUUGGCCAAGAUCACUCCACCAAUGUGCAUGGCAUUUGCUUCUACACACUAGAUGGGUAUCAUGCCCGAUAGUGGUCGCUGGCUCGCAGCUCUACGGUGAAUAAGUUGAAUGAUAUAUAAAUCCAGAAGGUGUAAAAUUGUAAGAGGUAUAUCAUCUUUCAAGAGCAGCAGAUCCAAUUGCCGAAUGUGGGUUUCCAGCUGUUCUCUGCAAAUGUUAUCAUCGUAUAUAAACCAUCAAAUGAAGGGUUGUCAGAUGACGUGUGGCACCGAAAGAGUUGCCAAGUAAUGUGUAUAAACUGAUGAGUGUAAGACUGGGGUAAGAAGAUAGAUGAGCCCACUCGACAGGAUUACCGCAGCGAUGAAUUACUGUAUGCUGCAGCAGGAAAACAUCAGGAGUUUCUGAAAACCAUCCAGCAAAUUCAGUGCUGCUUAGUGCUUACCACUGGACACUGAAGACAAAAUUAGGCCUAUAUAUUAGUGUGUAAUUAUCUUCCUGUGGUGAUUAUUUUCUUUAGUGAGAAGUCCCUAUCUAUCAGUUUAUGUAUGUGCAGGAGACACGAUUCUCAGAAUAAAAUGCGAAAUCUUUUUAAA